CUCAAGCUGCGGGGAGGAAUUGGAGCGCCGGGGAAAGAAGCUGGCGUUCCUCUUCUUUUUCCAUGCCUACCUCCUUUCACUUUCAUUUUCUGCGGGCACUGCCCCAGCUCACAGCCCUGGAUUCCGUGACUGUCGCAGAAGGGACCCUGCUGAGAGAUUUUUCUCUGCCGCAUGGGGACACUCCCAGGGCCUGAAACUCCGUGAGAUCGCUUCCCCACAGAUUCCCAGGACCCAGAGUCUGAAGGCUGAGCCCAGAGCAAGCCAUCGACAGAGGGAUGAAGCAUGGAUGUGGGAGCCAGGGGCCUUGACUUAACUCCUGGCUGCCUCAAACCCUCUGUGGGACCUCGAGCCAAUUUCUUGCCUUCUCUGGGCCUCAGUUUGUACAUCCAUACAAUGGGGAGCUUGCAUUGGUAAUGUCUGAGGGUAGAACUGUGGCCGUCUUGGUCUCAGGGUGGGGCUGACUUGCCCUCUCCACUGCCACCUGCCUGCUUCCUGAGAAGUCCUGCACUGGACCUCAUUCUCCUCCCCAGAUUGUGAAAUGUACAUGCAGGACGCUUUCCAGGCACGGAGGAGCCAACUGGUGGAGCUGCUGGUCUCGGGGUCCCCGGAGGGCUUUGAGAGCGUUCUGGACUGGCUGCUUUCCUGGGAAGUCCUCUCCUGGCAGCACUACGAGGGGCUCAGCCUCUUGGGCCAGCCUGUCUCCCACUUGGCCAGGCGCCUCCUGGACACCCUCUGGAAUAAGGGUGCUUGGGGCUGUGAACUACUCACUGCGGCUGUGCAGGAGACCCAGGCUGACAGACAGCCCCCCGAGCUUCCCGGCUGCUGGGAGCCCCACUCACCCCACCCAGCCCGUGACCUGCAGAGUCACCGGCCAGCCAUCGUCAGGAGACUCUACGGCCACGUGGAGGGCAUGCUGGACCUGACACGGGCGCGGGGUUUCAUCAGCCAGUACGAAUGUGAUGAAAUCAGGCGGCCCAUCUUCACGUCAUCCCAGCGGGCAAGAAGCCUCCUCGAUCUUGCCACAGUGAAGGCGAAUGGGUUGGCUGCCUUCCUUCUACUAUGUGUUCAGGAAUUACCUGUCCCGUUGGCCAUGCCUUUUGAAGAGGUACCUGUCCAAGCUGAGGACCAUGGUAUCGGCUCAGUCUUGCACCUACGAUGCGAGCCAGAAAGGAUGAGAGGCUUGCCUCUUGUGCCCGACGCCAGCCUCCCGCGCCAGCGGGAGGCUGUGCGUAGGCUGGACGUCGGGCAUCUCAAGCUGACAUUCUGCAGCGUGGGCCCGGCCGAGCGUGCUGCCCUGGCCUUUGUGCUGCGGCACCUCCGGCAGCCUGUGGCCCUGCAGCUGGACCACAACUCUGUGGGCGACAUUGGCGUGGAGCAGCUGCUGCCUUGCCUCGGCGUCUGCAAGGCUCUUUACUUGAGAGAUAACGUCUCAGACCGAGGCAUCUGCAAGCUCACUGAACAUGCUCUUCGCUGUGAGCAGCUGCAGAAGUUAGCUCUUUUCAACAACAAAUUGACCGAUGGCUGUGCACACUCCAUGGCCAAGCUCCUUGCAUGCAAGCAGAAUUUCUUGGCUUUGAGGCUGGGGAACAUCACAGCCGCGGGAGCCGAGGUGCUGGCCCAGGGGCUCAGAGCCAACGCCUCCCUGCAGUUCCUGGGGUUCUGGGGCAACAAGGUGGGUGACAGGGGAGCCCAGGCCUUGGCUGAAGCCUUGGGUGAUCACCAGAGCUUGAGGUGGCUCAGCCUGGUGGGGAACAACAUUGGCAGUGUGGGCGCUCAAGCCUUAGCAUUGAUGUUGGAAAAGAACGUGGCCCUGGAAGAACUCUGCCUGGAGGAGAACCAUGUCCAGGAUGAAGGUGUGUGCUGUCUCACGAAAGGACUUGAGAAAAAUUCAAGUUUGAAAGUCCUGAAGCUGUCUAACAACCGCAUCACCUCCCUUGGGGCAGAAGCCCUCCUGAAGGCCCUUGAAAAGAAUGGCACCAUCCUGGAAGUCUGGCUCUGAGGAAACACUUUCUCUCCGGAGAAAAUUGAGAAGCUCAGCCACAGGGACACCAGACUCUUGCUUUGAUGUCUCCAGGUCAACGUUCAUCUCCGUUUGUUUGGAUCCCAGAGACGGGAUGACAUCCGAAAGCAGUCCACUCAGAUGGAACCUGGUCCUGCCCAGGGCCAACCCAAUAGGUCACCUUUGUUCUGGCAGAGGAAGGCGCGUCAGUGCCCUGCAGAGCAGACUUUCCCAAAGCCUAUUUUUCCUGUCAAAGAUUCAAUCCUGGGAUGUAGAAGAGGGGCGGGCCCCCUCUACAUGAUGCGGCUGGUCUCCGGCCAACCUGACACGGGUCAGUGGAGCCACGGGUGCCACUGCGUGCAUAUUGGUGCAGAGAACUCCACGUGAGGCGGGGUAUUCAGGAAGCAACUUUCUGCUGUGUCUCAACUCAUGGUCACGCAUUAGGUUGUUCUCUAUGUCUGGUUCCUCCACUCAUCCUGGACCCCUGUACAUGGCACUUCCUCUGUGGUUGAGGAUUCGGAAUACUGGCGUUCUCAUCUUUGCUCCUUCCGUUACACCCCAGCCCUCCUCCCGCCCUCCCACCCCCCUCAACACCCCACACAUCCUGGAUGGGAAGCGCUUUAAUUUACCCUGCUCUCCUUCUGGUACUUAAGACAUUCUUGAAAGGGGACGCAUGACAGCCAUGUGUUCCUCAAGACAUUCUAGAUUUUCAAGAAAAAUAUGACCACACUACAGCUGGUAUCACAUCUGGACCUUUAUUUCCAGUGAAAUCAAUUACUCUUCAGUUAAACCUUUGGAAACCCCUCCCCAUCCAAAUGCAGCUUUUUAAAAUUAAUCUGGGCCAGAAUUUUGAACGGCCCCAAUCUGAUGCCUGUGAACUGGACUCUGGCAGCAGACUUCCAAAAUAUAUUCAUAAGAGACCGUUCAGUUUUAUUUGUGCCAGAAUGCUUUAGGAUAUAAAGUUAUGGAUCAAAAGUUUACAGGGCAGAAUCAAAGGCCCUUCCUUAUAAAGCAAAUGUUUUUUCUGAAUUUUUCAAAAUGAUGCAUGUAGAAGCUUUUCUAAACUGUCAGGUGCUGUGCAAGUGUUAUUACGUUAAACACUGUUAUCUGUGAAAAACUGGUUAAUCUUUAUAAACCACUUGGUUUUUUUCUCCCAAGUUUAUGUUUUUAUAAAAAAAUAGGGCCAUGAAUUUUAUGCCGCACACAAUCACAGAGGAGAAAACUAUUGAGUCACCGAAGCUAUCUUUGUUGAGACCAAACAUUAAAAAAUAUUCCUGCACUUUGUCAAAUAUUAAAGCACAAUUUUCUACUUGAAGGGGAGGAAACAUGAUGUUUCAACCAGAUAGUUGAUUGCUUAAGGCACAAGCAAUUUUUAGAGAUAGCCUUGCAAUCAAAACACAUUUGGCUUUGGUUUAGAAAAGUCUAAUCCAGCAUGAACUUUAGGCUGCGGCAAAUGUGAGAAAUGCGAGAAGGACCCCUGGGCCUCCCUCCAUUCUCUCCAAGUGGCUCCGGGAGUCUCUAACAGGAGAAGAUUUGGGAACAGUUCUCCUCGGCAAGCAGCCUCCUGAGUGGGCCUUGGCGAAAUAAUUCUUAGCUGCAUUUAAUUAGCAGGGACUCAGGUGGCUGCUCGUCAAGGUGAAAUCUGCUUCCUUGAAUGGUUUUGUGUGUGUCUGGUUGGUUAAAUGUUGUGGCAUCUCCCUGGGCCGUUGCCCAGGGAGAGCAUGUGUGUGGGUUCUCUUUGUUUGUUUGCUCU